AUGGUAACACCGAUUGCAUCUUUCGAUCAAUAUGAAAGCGGAAAUGCCAAACACAUACGCUUCUCGUUGGUCGGCGUCUUGCAUACACUGAAACGUGGAAUGAACCCCCUCGACAACACCAUCCGACUCAACCCUCCGUCCGAAAUCUCACCCCGCGUCUGUCAGAGCGACUCAGGAUUGCAGGCGGGGUCGAUGUCGACACCGGGAAGGGGUCCAACGGGGAAUAAGAAGGGUCUACGAGGCCAAGCGAACGGCGUGCACCUCGAGGCCGAUCGGUCUCGGCGUUGGCGACGAUAA